AUUGCUAUGGUAUUGCUUCUGCAUUCCUUUUGAAACAAGGCAACAUGCCAGAAUUUAAAUAAUCGCAAGGGAAGAAGAAGAAGCUAUGAGAUGUAAUGCUGGUGCUGAUGUGUUGUAUCCUUUAGGUCAUUCACAUAGUGAACAAUAUGCAUAGGGGAGCUGGUGUCUCAAAUUAUUGGUAAAUGUAAUCUGUUGGAAAAGGAGUAUACAGAGAGUGCCAUUGCAGCUGAACUACAAGAAAGCUUGCCAUAGGAGCUGGACACUGCUUUUGUGGCUCCUGAAACCAAGGUGCCAGAUACUCACUAUGACUGCCAGGAGAAGAUGCCCAGGGCUGUUGUGGAGCUUCUCUCACUACCAUGGCCACUAUGACAACUGCUACAUCUACUGCUGCCUUCUGAUUCUCAUCACUGCCAGGGCAUCCUGCAAAGUGCUCCCCACAAUCCAUCCAACAGCCCUUCCGCCACCUCCAUCUGCUUUACUGCCAGUGAGUUAUCGCCUCUCCAAUACCCGCUUAGCCUUCUUUUUAAGAGAAGAUGGUCCUCUCCCAACAUGGAAUUCAAGCAUGCCCCUCCUUCAACGGUCGGAGCCUUUUGUGGUGUUUCAGACAAAGGAUUUGCCGAUUCUGAAUGUCACAUUGGGACCUUUUGCUUCUGGACAGGUUUUGCCAAAGGAACUUCUUCAGCCUUCUAGCAUCCUGGAGGUUCCUGACAGAUUAACUGUAAACUGGAAAAUGAGAGCUUAUAUAAUUCGUACAAGAGUGCCUGCCACCCAACCAGUAGUACAGGUCCUCUUUUAUGUAGCUGGCCGAGAUUGGGAUGAUUUUGGUGUCACAGAACGUCUACCCUGUGUUCGGCUACAUGUUUUCCGGGAAAUGCGGGAACUCAAAAGUUCUUGUCGGUUACGGGGAAGUCUUGCUACUUGCCUUGCUCAGGCUGAACUCCCACAAAGCUGGUUUGGGUUACCAGCUGCACCCCUAGGAAGAAGGAAAGCCUCAUCUGAUGCAGGAGACCUUAAUGGAGAGAGUCAACAAAUAGAAUUAUUCUAUACUUUACAUGCACCCGACUCAAGUGGGAAUUGCCAAAAUGAAGUGGGAUCACGGAGAGGAGGGGAAGCUCCAACUCAGCAUCCCCUCCUCCGAAUUGGUAGUGUAAGUCUGUAUCAACCAGUUCAGGUACAGCAAAUACAGGAACAGCAUUUGGAUACAAAUAUCUUCAUAAGGCUACCAGAUCGAGCUCUAAGGCCGGGAGAGAUCCUUAGCAUCUUGCUUUACGUGCAACCGAACUCCACUGUGGAGCAUUUCACUCUCAGGGUGAAGGCUAAGAAAGGAAUAAAUCUGCAGAACACCAGGUCUCGGGAUCCACAGUGGUUUGUCAACUCAGAGCUUCUGACGGGAGGGAAACAUUCAACAGCCACCAUAGAUGUGUCAAAGGUUCAAGGGUUGCCGCACAGGACUGAAGAUACCCCUUACUUUAUAAUGCAGCUGGACUUUGAGAUGGAGAAUUUCACUAGUCAAACUGUCAUAAGGCGGAUAAUGUGGCAUCUAGAGUAUCAAGGUCGAAAACCCCCUCCUGAAAUGGAGAAAGCAGUAACAGAGUUAACAGUAAUACAGAAGGAUAUUCGAGCUAUUGUGCCUCUGGCAAUGGACACAGAGAUAAUUAAUACAGCUAUUCUGACGGGAAGAACAGUUGCAAUCCCUGUAAAGGUUCUAGCUAUUGAAACUUCUGGAGUCAUCACAGAUAUUUCAACGUUUGUAUCAUGCAAAUCUAGCAAUGAGGACAUCAUUAAGGUAUCAAGCAGCUGUGACUAUGUAUUUGUCAGUGGGAAGGAGAGCAGAGGAUCGAUGAAUGCCCAAGCCAUUUUCACCUAUGAACAUCUGAAUGCACCCCUAGAAAUGACUGUAUGGGUCCCUAAACUGCCUUUACUGAUUGAGUUAUCUGAUUCAAAACUAAGCCAGGUUAAAGGCUGGAGAAUUCCAAUAUUGCCAGAUAGAAGGUCAGUACGUGACAGCGAUGACGAUGAUGACGAGGAAGAUAGAAAGUUAAAUCGAGGUUGUACUCUCCAAUAUCAACAUGCCACUUUGCAAGUUUUUACCCAGUUCCACACUACGUCUUCUGAAGGCACUGACCAAGUUAUUACGAUGCUGGGACCAAACUGGCUGGUGGAAGUUACUGACCUAGUUAAUGAUUUCAUGCAGGUUGAAGACCCAAGAAUAGCUGAAAUGGUUGAUAGUAAUACUUUGGCAGGAAGAGAGCCUGGUACCACAUUAUUUAAGGUGGUAUCCCCUCUUAUGGAGGCAGUUUUAGGUGAAACAACAAUUACAGUGACUGAGGAGAAAGUAAGCAUUAUAGAACUCCAGGCACAGGUGAUAUCUGGCCUCUCCCUCUCCCUUCAUGCCAGCCCAGGAAACAGUCACACUAUAAUAGCCAAGACAACUGCCCAGCACAUGCUAAAAUCUCCAAAACAGGAUGGUUUGGUGAACCUUUGGCUUACAUUCAGUGAUGGUACUGCAGCUCCAUUGUCCCUCUAUGAUCCUAAGGAUUAUAUAUUGGCUCUGAGUAGCAUGGAUGAACAGGUGGUAUCUGUGAGCCCAGAUCAUACAUUUCCUCUUGUUUUUGCUGGUCAGGAGCAAGGAACAGGGCCUUUGCUGAAAGCAGAGAUGAUCAUUAAUGAGAGCUGCCAGAAAACUAAGCGGAAAAGUAUAUUGGCAACGGCAACAGCUGUAGUUCAUGUUGUUUUUGGAUCCAGUGAACCAGGAGGGGAAGGUGAAUCUGGAAAAUCCGUUACUGAGGUCUUGCCACACUCUCCUGUGCAAGAAAACCGAGACACAUCGAGAACAACAUCUAUGACAAUGAUAUCCACAACAUCUGAAGAGCACAGCUCCCAUGUCCCUGGGGAAUAUCCUUUACCACUACCUACAGUGUUUCCUCAACUUCCACGAGGAUUGACAGACCUGGAGAUUGGGAUGUAUGCUCUUCUAGGGGUUUUCUGUCUUGCCAUUCUGGUCUUCCUCAUAAACUGCAUUGUGUUUGUUCUUAAGUAUAGACACAAAAGAGUUCCACCAGAGGGCCAGGCCAAUCCAGAUCACUCCCACCACUGGGUAUUCUUGGGAAAUGGACAGCCCCUCAGGGCUCGAGGAGAAUUAUCACCACAACCUGAAAGUCCUGGUAAUCUCUUGGAAACAGGAACACUACCUCCUCAUCAUUCUUCUUGCUGUAGAGGAGAAGCAAGAGGAAGCAGCAGUAACAGCAGUUCUCAGGCUAGUGUGCAAAGCCAAUCCCAUGGACGUGGAGAUGGCUCCUCUGGUGGGGGUGGCUCAAGUAGGGAAGCCAGCGAGGACCCAUUAAGCUCCUCUCCCACAUCCAAGCGCAAGCGUGUAAAGUUUACUACUUUUACUAGUUUGCCUAGUGAAGGUACUGUUUAUGAUGCAGUGCCAGGUGCAGAAGAAUGUGAUCUUGAAUGGGUUUGCCGGGAUAUGGGACUGAGGGACCCACAUGAACUCAGAAACUACAUCAGGAGGGUCACAGAAAUGGCAUAGCCUUGGGACUUGCUUGGGAUGUUAUUAUGGACAAGGCAAAACAAACUUGCACCCAUUGGGACUGUUGUUUUUUCUAGAACACAGGAAAUGGGAUAAUGUCCCUUUUAUGUCUCUACGUAUUUAAACCCAUACACUGCCACUCACCUCUUUUCCUUCCUUCAUAUGAUAGUCACUUAAGACAUUUGUUAUUCUGUCUUUCUCUUCUUCGCUUUUGCC